GUGGGGUACAUGAUAAGGAAAUGAAUGGAGUAGGAAGAAACAUUGAACCAAAAAAAGCAUUUUGGUAUGGAUUCAUUGAACCCAUUUCUCUCUCUUUCAUCGUUUGUAUAAAUUUAUUCACUCAAUCAAACACAACCCACCUUACAUACAUUUAUUUCCCCCUUUUUUUGCCCUAAUUUCACAUCUGGGUUUCCUCUUCCUCACAUGAUUCCUUCAAGAUUUUGAUGCUUAUUCAUCUCUCACUCAUCUUCUUCGUCUUCUUGCUCCUGGAUCUCCUCUUUUUUUCUCUCCAUCGAGGGUUUUUUCGGCUUUCAAGUUUCCUUCAAUCGUACUCAUGCAGAAACUCAUCGGGGAAGAUGUUCUUUACCAUGGUAUGCCAAAAUACCAAACUCUUGAAGAAUCUGAUAUCUUCUUGUCUCUUGGUCAACACGUCGACGUAUACUUUCCAACUCGCAAGAGAUCACGAGUCACCGCACCAUUCGUGUUUUCCGAACCAAUCUUCAAAAAACAAAAAACCACCAUUGAUGUCCUACCUGAUGAAUGUUUGUUCGAGAUAUUAAGACGUGUUUCUGGCGGUCAAGAAAAAAGUUCUUGCGCAUCUGUUUCCAAACGUUGGCUCAUGCUUCUAAGCACCAUUCACCGAAACGAGCAAAAAGAAGCGCAAGAGUAUGACAGAAGUGGCGGAUCUAUCACACGGUGCUUAAAAGGGAAAAAAGCAACCGACGUUAGACUUGCAGCCAUCGGUGUUGGUUCAAACAAUCGUGGUGGGUUAGGUGAACUGGCGAUUUUAGGAAAUAAUUCUAGUAAAGUAACUGAUUUCGGGCUCAUGACCAUUGCUCGUGGUUGUCCUUCUCUCACAUCGCUUACUUUGUGGAAUUUGUCUUCUAUUAAAGACGAUGGUGUUACCGAAAUCGCUAACGAGUGUCGUUUGUUGGAAAAAGUCGAGCUUUCUCAUUGCCCCGGAAUUUCCGACAAAUCUUUAAUCGCGAUCGCAAACAACUGCCCUAAUCUAACAUCCCUUUCAAUAGAAUCCUGCGCAAACAUCGGGAACGAAGGCCUUCAAGCAAUCGGUAAAAGCUGUCCUCGUUUAAAAUCAAUUUCGAUAAAGAACUGCCCUUUAGUUGGAGAUCAAGGGGUUGUUAGUUUGGUAACUUCAGCAUCAUCUUCUUUGAUGAAAUUAAGACUCCAAGGUUUGACCGUCAGUGAUAUGUCUCUAGCUGUUAUCGGACACUACGGUUUGGCAUUAACCGAUCUAGAAUUAAACGGACUUAACACUGUAACCGGAAAGGGAUUCUGGGUUAUGGGCAGCGGUCAAGGGUUACAGAAAUUGAAGUCGAUCGUAAUCGCGAACUGUAACGGUGUCACUGAUCUCGGACUUGAAGCAUUGGGCAGAGGCUGCCCAAAUCUAAAGCAAGUUUCCGUUCAGAAAUCUGCCUUUUUGUCAGAUAACGGUGUUGUCGCGUUUGCUAAAGUUACACAGUCGGUUGAAACCGUAAAUCUUGAAGAAUGCCACGCUGUUACGCAGCUUGGAAUCUUUGGGUUACUCGUAAACUGUAGUACUUUGAAGGCUCUUUCGUUGACAAAAUGUUUAGGGAUUAAAGAUUUGCCUAUGGUAAUUCCGUCAGGUUUAUCUCCUUGCAAUUCUUUAACAUCUUUAUCUGUUCGCAACUGCUCGGGUUUCGGAAACUUUAGUUUGGGUUUAAUGGGUCAGCUUUGCCACAAUCUCGAAGACAUUGUGUUGACCGGGCUUCACGGGAUUACUGACUCAGGGUUGACUUCACUUAUCAAGAACUGUGAAUCUGGUCUAACCAAGGUCAAUCUUAGCGGCUGUGUGAAUUUAACCGACAAGAUUGUUUCAGAAAUCUCCAUGGUUCAUGGUGCGACCCUCGAAGUGUUACAUCUCGACGGUUGCAGGUCAAUCACCGAUGCAAGUGUGGUCACCGUUGCUCGAAACUGCUUUUCGCUCCGAGAACUUGACGUUUCUAAAUCCGCCAUCACCGAUUUCUCAGUUGCAGCAUUGGCUUGUUCAGAACAGGUAAACUUACAAGUGUUAUCAAUCUCGGGAUGCCAGGUGUCAAACAAGAGUUUACCGUUCUUGAAAAAGUUGGGCGAAACACUAAUCGGUUUAAACAUGACACAAUGCCGCGGGGUCACCAGUUCUGCAGUCGGUCUUUUGGGAGAACAAAUCUGGAAGUGUGACAUCCUUGUUUAAGCGACGGUACUACGUUAGUAGUUUGUUUAAUACGUUAGAUUGGUAUUUCCGCAGGUUUUUACAGGUCCGUGUGACGGGUUUAUUCAUAAAAUCCGGGUCGAAGCUCUUCUUUUUCCAAGGGAAUUGGCUGGCACAUCUUUUUUUACAGUUAAUUAAACUGUUGCAAGAAUUUUGGUCUUUCAAACAAGGCCUUUUAUUCUUGUCAGCCGUAUUUUCUUGAGAAUUCUGAUGCUUGGUUUCGGUUUUUGAAGACAACCUUUCGCAACGGGUCCUAGUGGUGUCUAUUAUGAUGUUUGUUUUGAGUGUCUUAUGAUGUUUGUUUGUUGGUCUAGUUUUGGUUUUCAUAAGGUUACAAAUGGUGAUGGGUUCAAGUAGUGGUGGGCUUGGUUGUUUUUUUGGGAUUUGGGCAUGGUUAGAUGGUUAUUAUGUCUGUCUACUGCAGCCAUGACAACCUUUGUGAGGUUGUUUUUUUAAUUUUACCAAAUCCUGUUUUUUCUAGGCUUAUCACUUGUUUGUAAACUAUUGAUGUUUGUAACCAGUUGUGAUGGGAACUUGUAAUAAUAUCUACUUGUGUUUUGUGUUUAAUGUUUAA